GACGUGACGUUAGCGCGUGCGUUAGCCAGCUCAGCUAGCCGUUUAAAAAACUGUCAGUUGAGCGGAGGAUGUAACGUUUAUUUUAUACAAUAAAUACAAAUACACCGUUAAAAUACCAGCGUUAGUUUAGCAGACACCGACUGGAUGGGAAGGGAGACACAGGAGGAAAUCCCUGGUGUUAAGUCUGUGGGGAAACCAUUUUAUUUGUCAAUGAAUUCGUCACAUUCUCUCGUCUUGUUAGCUUGAUCAAGCUACACGCUAGCUCUGUGUCGUGGAUGGGUUCUCCUCACAAGUUACUCCUGGAAGAAACCUAGCGAACAUCAUGGACACUGCAGAAGAAGCGGAUAUUUGUCGCGUGUGCCGCUCUGAGGGGACCCCCGACAAACCUCUCUACCACCCUUGUGUCUGCACUGGCAGUAUCAAGUUUAUCCACCAGGAAUGUUUGGUCCAGUGGCUGAAGCACAGCAGGAAGGAGUACUGUGAAUUAUGCAAGCACCGAUUUGCUUUUACACCAAUCUACUCCCCGGACAUGCCCUCACGUCUGCCCAUCCAGGACAUCUGUGCCGGGCUGCUGACCAGCGUGGGCACGGCCAUCCGAUACUGGUUCCAUUACACACUGGUGGCCUUCGCUUGGCUCGGGGUGGUUCCUCUCACUGCAUGUAAGUAG